CCUCCCUCCCUCCCUUCCUCCCUCCAUCCCUGCCUUGCUUGGAGGCGAUGGCUGGGCUUCCUGGGGGAGUCCUUCCCUCCCUUCUCUCCUUUCCCCGCCUUGUGCCUCCUUCUGUGGGUGUUCCUCGGGGCUGGAGGCGAGGCCUGUGAGCCGGGGCCUGUCCUGGCCUAGCCUGCCUGUCCUCCUCCUCCCUGGCUGCCUUCUUUCUUUCUUCCUCCCCCUCGAGGGCCAUGAGGCUGCGCAUCUACAAGCGCAAAGUGCUGGCCUUGCUCCUGGCCUUGGGUGCUGCCGCCGCCUGUGCCUUGACACUGUGGGGAAGCGGAGGAGGAAGCAGGCCUGAGGGAGGAGAGGCCUUCACCCCGCACUCGCCUUCUUUUCCUGGCACUAGGGGCCUUCUCCUUCCUCCUCCGCUUCCUCAUUUGUUUCCCCGCAACGCUUCCGCCUUCCCGCCACCACCGCCUUCGAAGCCGCCCAGAGAGGAAGAGGACGAAGACGAGGACGGCCUGUCUUUGCUCUCCGGACCCAACGCCACGCUCCGCCUCCGCUCUUUAAUCUACCGCCUCAACUUCGACCAGCCCUUGCGCAACGCCCACAAGUGGAGGCCGCUCUCCGCGGAUCAUGGAAACGACGCCGCGGAUACGGGGGCGCCUUGGGUGGCGCUGGUGGUGCAGGUGCAUUCCCGCCCGGAGCAUUUGUCCCUAUUGCUGGGCUCCCUCCGCCAGGCAAAGGGCGUCGAGCGGGUGCUGCUGGUGCUCAGCCACGACGUCUGGAGCCCCGAGCUGAACGCGCUGGCCUCCGCCGUGGACUUCUGCGCCGUCCUGCAGAUCUUCUUCCCUUUCAGUUUGCAGCUCUACCCGGAGGAGUUCCCGGGCCCCGACCCACGGGACUGUCCCCGCGACUUAGGGCGAGCGGCCGCCCUGCAGCGAGGCUGCCUCAACGCCCGCUUCCCGGACGCCUUCGGGCACUACCGCGAAGCCGCCUUCGCCCAGGCCAAGCACCACUGGUGGUGGAAGCUGCACUUCGCCUGGGAGAGGCUGCGCGCCUUGCGGGGACUGCCCGAGCCCGGCUUGCUGCUCUUCUUGGAGGAGGACCACUUCCUGGCUCCGGACGCCCUGCAUGUCCUGCGCCGCCUCUGGGACCUGCGCCAGCGCGAGUGCCCCGAGUGCCAGGUCCUCUCCUUGGGGUCCUACGCCGCCGUCCGCGCGGACGAUGCCGACUUCGCCGCCAAGGCCCGGGCGGCCGAACUCAAGACCUGGAAGUCCACCGAGCACAACAUGGGCCUGGCCUUCCCCCGAGAGACCUACCGGCAGCUGGCGGCUUGCUCUGAGGCCUUCUGCGGCUACGACGACUACAACUGGGACUGGACCCUGCAGCACCUGACCGUGGGCUGCCUGCCCCGCUUCUGGAAGGUGCUGCUGCCCCAAGUGCCGCGCGUCUUCCACACCGGAGGGGACUGCGGGAUGCACCACUCCAAGAAGAAGGACAAGGCCGCCGCAGACAAGGCCUCCGCCGCCUGCCACCCGGCCGCACAGAUCCGCAAAGUGGAGGCCCUCCUGGCCGCCCACCGGGACUCCCUCUUCCCGGAGGCCAUGACCCUCAGCAAGCGCUUCCCGCUGGCUCCGCUCAGCCCCCACGUCAAGAAUGGCGGCUGGGGGGACAUCCGUGACCACGAACUCUGCAAGAGUUACCAGCGGCUGCAGUGAGGAAAGAGAUAGAGAGGGUCUCUGCCACCACCGACGAGGGAGAAGGCCAGGCCUGUAAGAAUGAUAAGACCAAGACCAGGCCUUGUUAUCAUUGUUACGGUGGAAGCAGUCAUUAAAAAAGUGAGAGAAAGGGGAAAGCGUGUUCGGGUCUUCUCCUUUGCAGGAAGGGCAAAAGGGGUUGCGCGGUGACAGAAUGGGUGUGUAAAAAGGCCAAAACAGUAAACAUGCCAUAAGAGAAGGCGGAAAGGCAUGUGCAGGUCUUCUCUUUUGCAGGAAUGGCCAAUGGGGUUGCGCGGAGACUUUGUGUAUGUUCAAAAAGGCCAAAACUAAACAUGCCUUGAGAGAAGAGGGAAAGGAGUGUUUGGGUCUUCUCUUUUGCAAGGUUGCAGAGAGAUGUAAUGUAUGGGCAAAAAGGCCGAAAAAGUAAACAUGCCUUGAAAAAAGGGGGAAAGGCAUGUUUGGGUUUUCUCUUUUGCAAGAAUGGCAAAAGGGGUUGUGCAGAGACAGAAUGUAUGUGCAAAAAGGCCAAAACAGUAAACAUGCCUUGAGAGAAGGGGGAAAGGCAUGCUCGGGUCUUCUCCUUUGCAGGAAUGGUAAAAGGGAUGGCAUGGAAACAUGUAUGUACCCAAAGGCCAAAACAGUAAACAUGCCUUGAGAGAAGGGCAUAUUCAGGUCUUCUCCUUUGCAGGAAGGGCAAAAGGGGUUGCAUGGAGACAGAAUGGGUGUGUAAAAAAGCCAAAACAGUAAACAUGCCUUGAGAAAAGGGGGAAAGGCGUGUUUGGGUCUUCUCUUUUGCAAGAAUGGCCAAAGGGGUUGUGCAGAGACAGAAUGUAUGUGCAAAAAGGCCAAAACAGUAAACAUGCCUUGAGAGAAGGGGGGAAAGGCAUGUUCGGGUCUUCUCCUUUGCAGGAAUGGCAAAAGGGAUUGCACAGAAACAUGUAUGUACCCAAAGGCCAAAACUUAAAAACAUGCCUUGAGAAAAUGGGGAAAGGCAUAUUUGGGUCUUCAUAUUUGCAGGAAUGGCCAAAGGGGUUGUGUUGGAGACAGAAUGUGUGUGCAAAAAGGCCAAAACAGUAAACAUGCCUUCUUCGCCA